ACUAGGCUGCCACGGCCCGUAGCCAUUCCAAUGGUAAAAAAAAAAACCACUCGGGAGUCGGUAGUACUGAAUUUUGAUACAUAUCGCAAAUCUUUGUUUCCAAGGCAUUCCAAUCUCUUCUGUUAAUUUCUCCCGGUUUUUCUCCCCUCAAAUACAAAUACAAGUUACUUCUUCUGAAAGUGUCGUCUUCAUCACAACAUUUCCGUCUUCCAUUUCCCUCUCUUACAAGUCUUCUCUUUCUCUCUCUUUCUUCUUCACUCCUCUCUCUUUCUCUUUCUCUUUCUCUUUCAUUUUCUCUCUCCUCUUCUCAUCUAUCCUUCUCAAGUCCUCUCCACCGCACCGAUCACUCCCUCAAUCUCUCUCUCUCUUUCCUCAACCGCUGCAAAAAUGGCGGCUCUUCAACCUCCAAUCGUUUCCAGAAUCACAGGAGGAGAGAGAAAUCCUGCAUAUUUCACUACUUUCAUGGCCAAACAACUCUGUGCUAAUGUCAUGUUCAUCAAUUCUCAUUUUUCGGCGGUUUUGAAGACUAAUUGCUGCACUAAUUCUACCGCUGCUUCUGUUAGGGUUCGUAAUUGUCCUCGUAUUCGAACUUCUUCCAAAAUUCGGUGUCGUUUUAGCUCGCCGAAUGAUGGUGAUAGCAUUACUGGUAAUUUUGAAGCCGAUGAUGCUGAUUACGUCAAUUCUACUGUCCUCGAAGCUGUUGAAGUGAAGAAUGGAUCAGAUGGUUUUAUGAUCAAAAUGAGGGAUGGAAGAUACUUAAGAUGUGUAUAUAAUCAUCCCAAAGGGGGGUAUCCACCUGACUACAUUUCACACCCUGCUAUUGUGCUGAAGCUGGACGAUGGAAGCAAUAUUUUACUCCCAAUUAUUGUUUUGGAGAUGCCUAGUGCUUUGUUGAUGGCUGCGCUUCACAAUGUUGAGAUGGCUAGGCCAACUAUGUACCAAAUAGUGAAGGAAAUGAUAGAAACAAUGGGAUACAUGGUGAAAUAUGUUCGACUUACCAAGAGGGUGCAAGAAGCUUAUUUUGCAGAACUUUGUGUCAUGAAAAUGGAUUCUGAAACAGAGUCUCUUAGUUUUGAUCUCCGACCUUCUGAUGCCAUCAACAUUGCUGUAAGGUGCAAGGCCCCUAUACAAGUUAACAAGUCUUUAGCACUCAAAGAUGGUUUGAAAAUUGUUGAGCCUACAAAUCCAACAUUGAUACCUCCUCAUCCUGAUGGUUCUUUGCUAUUGGAAAUGGAUAGACCAGAUGGGCAGCCCUGUCCCGAAAGUGAAGAAUUUGUCCUUCUACGCAAUAUGUUGAUUGCUGCUAUUGAGGAGCGUUAUCAUGAUGCAGCUCAGUGGAAGGAUUUACUCAAGCAGUUCAGGUCCAAACAAAAAAAGUGGACAUGACAUGUUUCGUAUUGCAAUGUAUCUUUGUAUCUGGAACCAACUGUUGGCCUGACAUGCCUUAUUCAUAUGCAAGUUCUAUGGGUAGUCUGUUCAGUUAAUCUGUCAUUUAAUUAUGUGAAUAUGUACAUUACUAAAUACAAGCACGCAGAAAUAAGUAGACACAUGUAUAGACAUCCAGAUAAUUAUGUAAGGCAGCGUGUUGAUGAUAGUUUUGUUGACAUUGGUGAGAAUACCUGUAUAUUCCCCUUUUGGUUAAAAAGGUUCAAGUUCACUUGAAUUUACAUGUAGAUUGUACAGCUAUGAAGCAUUUUUUUACAGCCUUUGAUCUUCAAAUGAUGUAGUUGUUUCUUUGGAACAGUUUCUUUGUACAAAGCAACUCAAUUUUUCAUCUUA